UUUUUGUGCUUUCAUAAAAAUCGAUAGGUUUUUUCGCUAUAAAAUAGUCCGGGUCAAUCUAACAUUUCGAAGAAAGGCGUCCAUCCUUGAGAAAUUAUGAGCUAUCGUUAUUUAAAAAAGGAGGGUGUUUGAAAACUGUUUGUUGAUGGAUAACCGGGCAAGAUCUUUUAAUAAACGUCAAAAAUCGGGACAGUUCUGUGUGCAAAUUUGGCCAUAUGGCCUUCUCACUUAUGAAAUAUCCAUAUGGCAAGGAGUAGCAGGUUUAUAUUUAUACAAGGACAUAAGAAUUUAAGAUCAAAAGCCUAAAUUUACAAACAAAUCAUACAUUGCUAAAUUUCAGAAAUGUUUUGGCCCGGUGAGAGAGGGAAGGAUCCUCCGAUGGACAUCGACGUUCCAGACGAGUACAUGGAGAUCGAGGCGGGUCGUCCAAGCGUGGCCGCUGCGAUUUCCUACGACGACGUCGGCGAGGCCAUGGAUAUCGAAGAGGCCAAGACGAGCACCGGCAUCACGAGAACAGGGUGCGGUAGUUCUUUGAUCCCCGGUGUCAAGAUUCCACCUCACUCCAGUAAAGCGGACCGCCUGAAGAUCCAAAGCCAGUCCGAUCUUCUGUCCGAACGCAAAGACGGGAGAAUGGCCUUGCGACUGGCCGAAGGGCUGAAAUCCCCCUGGUCAGACCCGUCCAUCUACCAGAUCCAGAUUGACGAUUUAGAAAAGACAAGGAAGCAGUUGGAGAAAAUAAGUACGGACUGCGGUAAGAAAGGCACCUGAAGAUUUUAAUGGCGGCAGAAAACAUACUUUUAAUAAACCCUCUCUCAAUCUAAACAAACAUUAAACACUCGUUUCGCAAAUACGAAAUUUCAAACGACAACAUAUUUCUCAAUUA